GACUCAUCACAGCAUCAGAAUAGACAAGAAUUCACUGUGAGCUUCACAUCUCAUUACAGCUAAUGGACCAAUCAAAUCAGUCCACAGCUUCAAAACAUCCAAUCAGGCGUGAGUCUGGACCUGGUUUUCUACUGAACACACAAGUUCAUUACCUCACUAUCACUUUGUCUAAACAGGAACGAUGAUCACACUCUUUGUGGCUCUUUACUCUCUGCUUUGUCUCUGCACAACUGGAAACACUUCUGACAUCAAGGAGCCUCACGUAAAAACAGUAAAGCUGGGAGAAAAUGUAACAAUGGAGUGUAAAAUUAGUGGGGAUAAAUAUAAUCCAUUUUGGUACAGACAGAGAUUCAGAGAAAUGCCUCAGUUUAUGGCGAGAACAUACAAUAACCCUCAGGGCUACACAUUUGCAGAGGAAUUUAAUGAUAGACGCUUCAGUGUUACUGUAAAUGGCAGUAAAUUUGAUCUCAACAUUAAUGGAACAAAUAAAAGUGACAGAGGAGACUAUCUCUGUGUAAAUCUUGAUGGAACUACACCAAAGUUCACAUCUGGAACACGUCUGCAGUUUGAAGGUGAAGAGAUGAAACCCUGUCCUACACCUGGAACACUUAACAAGAACACACACUCUGUUACACACCAGGGUUCAAACAGCAGAGAUGAAAAAGGUAAAGAGAUGAAACCCUGUUCUACACCUGGAACACAUGACAUCACACCUACUGGUUACAGCUCUACUGAUCAGAUGCGUGUGCUGUUCUGGCUCUCUGUUUCUAGAGUUGGAGUUCUUGUCUUCAUUAUUUUUCCAACAACGCUGAUUGUUUACAAAUUAAAAUACAAAUUUUCAUAAAA